UGGGGGUGGCGGCCAGCAUGCUGCUCGGCUGCGGCUCGGCCUCCCACACCCGCGGCGCCCGCGUCCUCGCCAGCAGCGCUGGCGGCCGAUCGGCAAGCGGCACCCGCGUCUGCUGCGGCGCUGGGUCCGAGCGCGCGGCGCGGGGCGGCGACGGCUGCGGGGGUCCGCGCCCGGGCGGGGACCGGGGGACCCGGCAUGGCGCUACGGAGAGGCAGCGGGGCGCUGGGGCUUCUGCUGCUGAGUGCCGCGUGCCUCAUCCCGCCGAGCGCGCAGGUGAGGCGGUUGGCGCGCUGCCCCGCCACUUGCAGCUGUACCAAGGAGUCCAUCAUCUGCGUGGGCUCCUCUUGGGUGCCUAGGAUCGUGCCUGGCGACAUCAGCUCCCUGAGUCUAGUAAAUGGAACAUUUCUGGAAAUCAAGGACCGAAUGUUUUCUCAUCUGCCUUCCCUACAGCUGCUGUUGCUGAAUUCUAACUCAUUCACAGUGAUCCGAGAUGAUGCCUUUGCUGGCCUCUUUCAUCUUGAAUACCUGUUCAUAGAAGGGAACAAAAUAGAAACCAUUUCAAGAAAUGCCUUUCGGGGCCUCCGUGACCUGACUCACCUAGACUUAAGGGGUAAUAAAUUUGAAUGUGACUGCAAAGCCAAAUGGCUGUAUCUAUGGCUGAAGAUGACAAAUUCCACAGUGUCUGAUGUGCUGUGUAUCGGUCCACCAGAAUACCAGGAGAAGAAACUCAAUGAUGUAACCAGCUUUGACUAUGAGUGUACUACCACAGGUCCCCAGACUGGUGUUGCAAAGCAGAGAGGAUGGCAGCUGGGAUUCUCUCUGGGAUUGUACGAACUAAUAUUUCUUUUUCAACACCCACUCUCAGAUUUUGUCGUUCAUCAGACUCUGCCGUACCAGUCGGUGUCAGUAGACACGUUCAACUCCAAGAACGAUGUGUAUGUGGCCAUCGCUCAGCCCAGCAUGGAGAACUGCAUGGUGUUGGAGUGGGACCACAUAGAAAUGAAUUUCCGGAGUUAUGACAACAUCACAGGCCAGUCCAUUGUGGGCUGCAAGGCCAUCCUCAUCGACGACCAGGUCUUUGUGGUGGUGGCCCAACUCUUCGGUGGCUCUCACAUUUACAAAUACGAUGAGAGCUGGACAAAGUUUGUCAAAUUCCAGGACAUAGAGGUGUCUCGAAUCUCCAAGCCCAAUGACAUCGAGCUGUUUGAGAUCGACGAUGAGACCUUCUUCAUCAUCGCCGACAGUUCGAAAGCGGGACUGUCCACAGUUUACAAGUGGAACAGCAAAGGGUUUUACUCCUACCAGUCGCUGCACGAGUGGUUCAGGGACACGGAUGCAGAGUUUGUCGACAUCGACGGGAAGUCACACCUCAUCCUGUCUAGCCGCUCCCAGGUCCCCAUCAUCUUGCAGUGGAAUAAAAGUUCCAAGAAGUUUGUCCCCCAUGGUGACAUCCCCAACAUGGAGGAUGUGCUGGCUGUGAAGAGCUUCCGAAUGCAGAACAGCCUCUACCUUUCUCUCACCCGGUUCAUUGGGGACUCUCGAGUCAUGCGGUGGAACAGUAAGCAGUUUGUGGAGGUCCAGGCUCUUCCAUCCCGGGGGGCCAUGACCUUGCAGCCCUUCUCCUUCAAAGAUAACCACUACCUGGCCCUGGGGAGUGACUACACAUUCUCACAGAUAUAUCAGUGGGAUAAAGAGAAACAGCAGUUUAAAAAGUUUAAAGAAAUCUAUGUGCAGGCUCCCCGGUCCUUCACAGCCGUCUCCACCGACAGGAGAGAUUUCUUUUUUGCAUCUAGUUUCAAAGGGAAGACAAAGAUUUUUGAACAUAUCAUUGUUGAUUUAAGUUUGUGAAGGUGUGAUUGGAAGGAUUUCAAAGAUGUGUAGUGUUAGCUCUCACAAGAGAGAGAGGACCAAGAAGAAAUAAAAUUUAAAAAAAGAAAAUCAUAAAGUAAGCCAGGCUCAGAGCUCUGAAAUUAAAAUUCAUAAUGCACUGGGGGAAAUAGUUAGACAUUUUCAAACCUUUAGGAUUCACAUUUUAACCAGGGAUUGCAUUUUUCUUUUGGCUGAUUGCAUGACAGGCCUAGGCUGCUGUCUACAAACGACAUCUUAAAGCCUGUAAUUUCUGAGAAAGGAGUACAGCAUCUUCACCAUCUAGAAGGCAAUGUGCUUCUACUUCAUGUUCAAUAAGAAAGGAUAAAGCGGACAAGAUGGGCCAGCCCUUUUAGUGAAAUCAAGAAAGACAAAAAGUCCCCGCCCGUCUAACCCCACUGCCCUUUCCUAUCCUAUCUUAGCAGUCUUGCAGCUGAGAACUAGUAAAAUGAAAGUGAGAUGAAAAGAUUUACUGAUCAAUCUGUUUGAAAAUCUUAGAACUCCCCGCAGUGCUAUUUUGAGCCAUCCUAGUUUCCUGAAAGUCAUGGCCAGGCCGGUCUUCCAGAAUCUUCCUCGGUGUAGAACCUCGGCUCUGUCCUCAUCUGGGUGGAUCUCCCUCAUGAGUACACUCCCAGCUUAGUGUUUAACAUCGUUUCCUCUGCCACAGAGAGAAUAUUCUAGUGACACGUGUUUAGGCCAGCACGGGACGCGCCCGAGAUAAAAGGGUUUCCCUCUUUUUUUUUUUUUUUUUUUGGUUUAAAGUUGACCCUCGAGGUGGCUGGAGCAAUCAUGCAUGUUUGAUGUCCUCUGUUGCUCACUCAAAUCUCUGAACCUGUCCUUUCAGUUUGUGGGUAACUGGCAGACAGGCCAAAGGCUGAAUGGUGCUUUUCAUCUGUCCCUUAGAGGGAUGGAACAGGUGUUUCCAUCUCCUGUGCAUCGGAUAGAGUUUUUGAAGUGAGAUUUUACGGAGUCAGAGGGCACUUCACUCAGAUCUCCGUGUGCUUUGAGACCCAGAGGGGGUCCUUUGAUUGUUGCAUGUCUUUGCCCUCUGGACGACUUAAUAUUUCAAGUAAUUGAUUGAAUAGCAACCUGCCUACCUACCCACCUGCCUCCCUUCCUCCCGGUACAGUCCUUUGUUAACUUGUAGGUAUUACAGUGGCUGGCUCAUGCAGCUCUGCUGAAGUUUCUAAACAUACAAAAAUCAAAAUCGCAGCUUGGAUACUUGAGACAGGGGCACACCUUCCUCUUCUGGGACACUUAGCAGUAGGAAGCAUGGCCAUACACUAGUGGUGGGGUGUCCGGUAGAACUUCAGGCAAGACCAGCUGGAACCAGAUGAGCUUAAUCUCAAAGACUGGGUCUGUGUGUGGGACCAGGUGGCUUAUUUCAAAAUAGGCCUCCAGUGGGAACAGCAGGGAAGCUCUUGGGGUCUGGUUUUGUCGAUGGUUGCACAAUGGGUAUUCUGUCUGAGCAGCUGCUUUAGGGGAGUGUUUUGCAGGGUAACCCUGUCCCACUGCGGUAUGAUGUAGUUUUUAUGGUCAAUCUCAUGCUCACUCUGUAGAUAGGUAGAGGGUAUGGCGCAAAUGUGAAUGCAUCUGUUGUUUCCUGACUGUAAGCAGCAGGGAAUGAUCAGUGCGCCACACUGGAGAGCUAUGCACUGAUGGUACUCAGGACUCCUGGCUGAUGCUUCCAGCCUAGGGGGUCAAGGACUUUAAUGAACUCUGGCUCUAUAGUGUGGUUGCUUACACCGCUGGUGCUAAAUGCCAAGCAAAUGGAAAUAAUGGUCUGUUUUAAUGUUCUAAGCGUAAAUUAUGCUUUCUUUGCAUUCAUUUGUCUUCUUGGUUCAUUUGGAUUGUCCAUGAGUUCCCAGCUCUCCAUAUUGGAGGCUGAAAGUGUGAUGUUUCUGCUAAUUCCUUCCCCUGAAGAACUGGCGAGCCAUGUUCCUCCAUGCAUGGGUUCCCCAGACAGGCUGGUAGCACUGAUGUCAGGUAGAAAUAACACUUACACUUCCCACCGCUUGUAGAGGAACACACAGGGAUGUCUCCCAAGAGUGCCACCUCUACAGAGCCUUGCACCAGCUUCUCUGUGCCUCCUCACAGGGAGAAGCCAGGGACUUGCCACGGCCAUGGCUUAGAGUUCAGAAAGCCAAGAUACGGGGUUUGACUUGGGGGUGGGCCAGGCUGUCAGACCCAGAUGAAGCAUUUGGGGAUCAUAAAAGACCCCUGGUAGGUGGUGGGGCUGGGGUAUGAGAGGAUGGGCAUUCUGCUCUACUGCAACCAAGUUUUCUUUUAAAGACAAGUUUAUACAAGACUGGAGUUUGCAGCCUUCUGAGUUCUGCGCUAUGGGAGGAGAUAUUUGUUCUGGCCAACUUAGCGAGGCAACAUAGAUGUUCUUGGCAUAAGGUAGGAAGCUUUGCUUCAUUAAUCUUACUGCUCUCUCCCAAGAAUCCCUGAAGUUUUAAGCAAUUUCUGCAAAAUGCUUUCUACCAGUAAAAUAACAAAACCCACCCACACAGCCAUAGCAAGAACCCAAAGCAGAGAAAUGCACAGGACUGUCCAGCUGAGAGGGACUGGUCCCCCCCUCUUCCCACCCUUUCUCCCUCUCUCGCACUCUUCCUUCCUCCCUCCUCAUUUCUUCUUUCUUUCCUUCCCAACACCCAUCCACUGACAUCUGCUUAGCUUGUCCUUUGUCCAUUUCUGCAGCUGGGCUCCUAAGAUGGUCCCUCCAAUCAGUCAUGUGGCUUUAAGGCCAAAACCUGAAAGCAAGGGUUAGUCCUCAGACUGUAGGAUCCGUAGUAGAUUUCUAUAAAGACUAAAAAUAAACCUUAGGGCUGACAAGCACUUUGUUCUUGGGCUUUGGAUAAGAUCAGCUCGCAUCCCGGAAGCUUCCUGUCAUUCCUGCUGUGCAUCUGUGUUCUGCUCAUGUGUCACAUGGAGCUCUUUGGCUUACGGAGGGCAGGUGUUAUUCUAAUUUCAGAGAGAAGGAGGUAGACACAGAACCGAAGUGGAUGGCCUGCCUGAGAUUGUCCAGUUUUAAGCAGCAAAGCUAGAACUUUCCCGUGGACAGCAGGUGCUGUGUUUUCUCUCUCUCGUACUCUGCUGUGCCUGCCCCAAGACAGACUCUGUUACCAUGACAGUGAAGACAACAGCAGUUCUUGUAGAUUAAGUAAAUGUGCAAGAAGAAUGAAGAACCAGGGGGAAAGUCAUGCCCGAUAUACACCGUUCAAUCAUCAAUGCCAUCAAACAAUUAGCAAGCACCUCAGAACUAUGGGACAUGCCUAGCCGGGCUUGAGAAAGCCUUCCAGAAGUGGUGGAUGGCUUCAGUUGUCUAGGGAGGAUUUCUAGCAGGCAUGGCUGUAUCUCCUCGAACAUAGCCAUGCAGGGAAUGCUGAGUCUGGACACAUCUGGUUCUUGUCACGAUGUCUACCAGAUACGAUGAGUUCUAGGAGAGAGAGAUUAAAAACCCCAAACACAGGAGCAGUGAUGAAUUGCUCUGGGCCAUUGUUGUGUUGUUCUUCUCGUGGAAUGAGGCUGUGUGUUUUUAGGGGAAAAAAAAAUCAAUGUGAGAUGUUGCAAGUUGAGCUGCUAGGAGUGCUCACGAUGGAAAUUUCUCUGGCUAGGGGAGCUCCAUGCAAGCCAGAUGAAGGUCUGAGGGAGGCUCUCCGGUUUGCAUGCCCCCUAAAGGAGAUCUCACGGCAGCUUCCUGACUCUUCUGCAGAAGACUCACUCCUCGUGUGGCUUCACUCCUUGUGGGACGGAAGUUACUUCCUUAGACAAUGCCAAGGGUUUUGUUCGAAAGCGUGCUAGAGCAGAAUCAGCAACCUAGCAGCAGGUGCAUAGAACAAGUUUAGAUCUGGGGCACCAUGGAAAAAGUGGGGAGAAACGCAGGGCAGAUGAUGGUUAGGGAAUGAAUGCUUUGUGGGGAAGGAGGAAGAAGCUUGAAAGAGUAAUUUAAUAAUUUAAUAAUUUUUGUUGCCUUAGCAGAGGGUAGAAUGACCAGGCAUAUCGGCAGCAUGCCAAUCAUUGAACAGCAUCCUCUGGAAUGCUGAUUCAAGUAACAGUGACAUCAUUGGGCCGCUGGACUCUCAGCCGAGCACUCUGCUCUUUACCCUGUCCCAUUGCUUGUGCCAGAAGCCACCUUUUUCUAGUGGGAAACUACGCAUUCCCUAUCCAGCCCCCUGACUAUCAGGAAUGUACGAGAACUGUGAUAAAAUAGGCCAAGAUGCCAUUUGGUACUGUUUUUAUGUCUUUUAAAUGCACAACUUAGGUGAAAUAAUACUUUAUACGUGUAUGGAAGUAAGUUUUACAGUAGGCGGACAAUGGCGGGUGUGUUUUCAAGUUGUAUCUACUUAGCUCUUUUUGGAAAAUAGAUUGAACACAUGAUAUGCCUCUUAAUUCUAUAUAUUCUGUAAUCCUAUGAAUAAAAAGUAGUAAAUGCCUA